CUUAGAAUUACUAGUAUCAUUUUAGCCCAGCUCAUUCCUCCUCUUCCCUUCACUCUCUAAGAAAGCUAGUGAUAGUAAUAAACAAGAAGCAGCUAACCAUGGAUGAGAUUAUUCAACCUUCUUCCUCACUAAGUCUUCAACAACGUCUCCAAUUCAUCAUUCAAAGCCGAAACGAAUGGUGGGCCUAUGCCAUAUUUUGGCAAGCAACUAAAGAUAUCAAUGGAAACUUUCUUCUAUCAUGGGGUGGCGGCCAUUUCCAAGGCACCAAACAAUGUUCUGUGCCUAAGAAGUUGGCAAACAAUGGAGAUAACCAACACAAAUUCUGGGUGAAGCGUGGAAUUCAAGACAAUUACUCGGAUAUCGACCGUCUUGUUGAUGGUCAUGUCCCUGACCCCGAGUGGUUCUACAUGAUGUCUAUCUCCAACUCAUUUGUAGCUGGGGAUGGCAUUCUCGGCCGGACUUUUAGUGGUGCUGUGUACGCAUGGCUAGCCACUGAGCACGAGCUUAAGCUUUAUGAUUGCGAGAGAGCAAAAGAAGCUAAUGAGCAUGGGAUUCAAACGUUGGUUUGCAUCUCAACUGCCUAUGGUGUUGUUGAAUUGGGCUCCACAGAAAUUAUCCAAGAGGAAUUGGAUUUACUGCUACUAGCCAAGUCACUUUUUGGCCCUAAUAAUACCACCAGUGUAACAAAACAGCCUGGCGGCCCAGGAGAAACCGCGACAAGUACCUGUCAAUCGUAUCCGGGACGCUCUGAUUUCAAGGGUCUGUUUCAAUCAGACUCGAAAGUGGUCCUUCGUUCGACAAAGAGAGGAAGGAAGAAUUCAAACGCACGAGGACAAACACCACCGAAUCAUGUUGAGGUUGAGAAACAACGAAGAGAUAAGCUGAACAGCCUAUUCUACGUGCUUCGGGGCAUAGUCCCCAAUGUAACCAAAAUGGACAAAGCAUCUUUGCUUGCUGAUGCAGUUGCGUACAUCAAAGAGCUCCAAGAAAAUGUAGGAGAACUCGAGGCCAAACUAAUUUGUGCAAGGUCACAAGAAACGAAGAUAUCCUUUCCCGAUAAGCACGACAACCAAAGCACGUCAAACACCCGUGUUGAUCAUCGUCGUUCAAGGUCGACGUCGUCGUCUGGCGAUGGAAAUGGAAUCAUGUCGGCGGAAGUGGACGUGAAGGUUAUAGGGUCGGAAGCCGUGAUUCGAGUGCAGUGCACGGACGUGAAUUACCCGGUUGCCAGGUUGAUGGAUGCAAUCAGAGCCCUCGAGUGUCAUGUUCAUCAUGCCAGUAUAUCCAAAGUGAAGGAGCUGGUGCUUCAACACAUCGUAGUUGAUAAGGUUCCUGAUGGAUUGAGGAGUGAGGCGGCCUUGAAAAUCGCUAUUGUGAGAAGGUUUCUGAUUUAAGUUCUAUCAUACUCCCCUCGCCCCACAAAGGAUGUCUAAAAUCACACUAUCCACAUCUUUCAAAAAAUUAUCUAUAUUUGUGGAACUUAUAAUGCUACAUUUUAAGGUUUUAAAAACUUUGUUUACGAGAACUAAGUGAGAUCUAUCAAGUGAGAUCAAUAUUGCA